AUGAUUUUCGAUAUUCCCAAGGUUCCUACACCCAAGAAGACUAAAUUCAAGUUGAAGGGAAGUGUGGUGAUCCAGGAACCCUCUAGUACGGAGAAACCACAGAAGAAGCUUAGUGUUCUUGGUACUCCUGAUGAGGAUGAAGCUACUGACAUGGAAGAUAUUGAUUUGUCUAAGGGACAAUCUUCACAAUACUAUCAUGAAGCAAAUGGAGAUGAUGUAAGUCCUUUGAUUAAUGAUGAAUUUCUUUAUGAUACUCCACCAGUUUCACCAUAA